AUGGCUGAUGUUGAGAAUGCAACUUGGGUUGCCUUUGAGACAAUAUUUCUAGAGAAAUACUUUUCUGACACAAUGAAAUCCAUGAAGGUACGUGAAUUCACUAAUCUUUAUCAAGGUGAUAUGACUGUGGGACAAUAUCAAGCUAAGUUUGAAGAACUUAUGCAUUUUGCUCCUUACAUGAUUCCUGAUGAGUCUGCAAAAGCAAAGAAAUUUGAGACUAGAGGUCGAGGAGAAAGUGGAACUUUUUAA